AUGAACCAACUUUCGUCUAUUUCUUUCUUCAAGACAGGUAAAGGGGAUUCUGUGACUUUGACAAAUUCAUCAUCUCGGAAGUUUGCUCGAACACUUGUGGACUCGUUAAACGUUUGUGAUGAUGAUGUGGAUGUGGAGAAGAGUCAUGAGAACCACGACUCACAUUUCACUGGCUUCAAGACAGGUAAAGGGGAUUCUGUGACUUUGACGAAUUCAUCAUCCCGGAAGUUUGCUCGAACACUUGUGGACUCGUUAAACGUUUGUGAUGAUGAUGUGGUUGUGGAGAAGAGUCAUGAGAACCACGACUCACAUUUCACUGGCUUCAAGACAGGUAAAGGGGAUUCUGUGACUUUGACGAAUUCAUCAUCUCGGAAGUUUGCUCGAACACUUGUGGACUCGUUAAACGUUUGUGAUGAUGAUGUGGAUGUGGAGAAGAGUCAUGAGAACCACGACUCACAUUUCACUGGCUUCAAGACAGGUAAAGGGGAUUCUGUGACUUUGACGAAUUCAUCAUCUCGGAAGUUUGCUCGAACACUUGUGGACUCGUUAAACGUUUGUGAUGAUGAUGUGGUUGUGGAGAAGAGUCAUGAGAACCACGACUCACAUUUCACUGGCUUCAAGACAGGUAAAGGGGAUUCUGUGACUUUGACAAAUUCAUCAUCCCGGAAGUUUGCUCGAACACUUGUGGACUCGUUAAACGUUUGUGAUGAUGAUGUGGAUGUGGAGAAGAGUCAUGAGAACCACGACUCACAUUUCACUGGCUUCAAGACAGGUAAAGGGGAUUCUGUGACUUUGACAAAUUCAUCAUCCCGGAAGUUUGCUCGAACACUUGUGGACUCGUUAAACGUUUGUGAUGAUGAUGUGGUUGUGGAGAAGAGUCAUGAGAACCACGACUCACAUUUCACUGGCUUCAAGACAGGUAAAGGGGAUUCUGUGACUUUGACGAAUUCAUCAUCCCGGAAGUUUGCUCGAACACUUGUGGACUCGUUAAACGUUUGUGAUGAUGAUGUGGAUGUGGAGAAGAGUCAUGAGAACCACGACUCACAUUUCACUGGCUUCAAGACAGGUAAAGGGGAUUCUGUGACUUUGACGAAUUCAUCAUCUCGGAAGUUUGCUCGAACACUUGUGGACUCGUUAAACGUUUGUGAUGAUGAUGUGGAUGUGGAGAAGAGUCAUGAGAACCACGACUCACAUUUCACUGGCUUCAAGACAGGUAAAGGGGAUUCUGUGACUUUGACGAAUUCAUCAUCUCGGAAGUUUGCUCGAACACUUGUGGACUCGUUAAACGUUUGUGAUGAUGAUGUGGAUGUGGAGAAGAGUCAUGAGAACCACGACUCACAUUUCACUGGCUUCAAGACAGGUAAAGGGGAUUCUGUGACUUUGACAAAUUCAUCAUCUCGGAAGUUUGCUCGAACACUUGUGGACUCGUUAAACGUUUGUGAUGAUGAUGUGGUUGUGGAGAAGAGUCAUGAGAACCACGACUCACAUUUCACUGGCUUCAAGACAGGUAAAGGGGAUUCUGUGACUUUGACGAAUUCAUCAUCUCGGAAGUUUGCUCGAACACUUGUGGACUCGUUAAACGUUUGUGAUGAUGAUGUGGAUGUGGAGAAGAGUCAUGAGAACCACGACUCACAUUUCACUGGCUUCAAGACAGGUAAAGGGGAUUCUGUGACUUUGACAAAUUCAUCAUCUCGGAAGUUUGCUCGUACACUUACAGACCCUUCCAUUUCUGGUGAUGUUUUCGUAAAGCUAGAAAAGUGCUACGAGUCUUAUGAUUAUAAUGCCCAUAAUGUCAAAGAUAAUUUAUUACUGUCUGAGGAACAAAUUGCUGAGGUGCAUGAUGAUUUUGGGGACUCAUCUCAUAAUUAUAUUGACUCAUUUAGUGGAUGUUUUGAUACCCAAUUUGACUUAUCAUUUGAACGUUCUGACGGUGGUAUUCACAUGAUGGAAAUUAAUAUAUCAUUAGAUGUGGAACGUGAAAAAGCACGGGUUGACCAACAAAAUCUAAUUGCACAUAAUCAAUCAAUUCCAUCACCCAGUCAACAUGUGCUCUCUACAUCUGAUACUUCAUUGAAUACUACAUUAUAUGGACUAUUGUGGAAUAUACGUAGAAGAUAUUAUGGAACUGAGAUAUUAAAUUCGACAAAUGACCAAUCACUUUUAAAGUGGAAAGUAUUACUUGCUGACUAUGCCAAUCAUCAAAAGUUAUCUGUUUCUUCUGCACCACUUUACUUACCGAAAUAUUUAAAGUUUUCAAAUGAUACUCAUAAUAAAUGGUCUUUACAAACUGCAGAUAAACUUUACUGGUUACUGGAUAUGAAGCAUAUUAUAGAUACAAAAUGUGAAAGCAGUCUUCCUAUUUCUUACAAAUUCCAUGAUUUUAUUUUGAUUCCUGAUAAGUUCGGAUGUGUUGGCAAACAAGAAAUUAUCAAUUCAUUUUUGAGCUGUCGUAGAAUUUGUUCAAAUGUAAUUACCCGUGGUUGGAUUGAAAACCAUUACUUACAAAUAAUGUGGAAAGUUGGUACAAUUGCUUUAUUUUACAGUGAUUUAUGCGCAACGUUACUUAGUGACUAUUGUGCACCGAUUCAUGUCCUAAAUGAAUUACACUAUCGUUAUGAUCGUGAAAUAGAAACUUGUCAAAGACCAGCUCUUCGAAAAGUCAUCGAACAAGACGAUACACCGGCGCGUCGUCUAAUCUUGUGCGUCAGUCGCAUAGAUAUUUUUGACCAAUGUAUAAAGGCUUGUCUGACAGAUGGCUGGUAUCAAAUUGCUUGGCAUCCAGAUCCCAUGCUUACAACACUGAUUACUUCUGGAAAAAUUCGUGUUGGUUCGAAGUUAGUAACUGCUGGUGCUGAACUAGUCGUAACCAAUCCAUCAUCUACUAACAAUCAGCCUAAAAGGAAGUGCUCUUCAGGUGAUGAGCAAAUUGAUGAAUUUAAGCAUUUAUAUGGAGAUGACGGUGUAGCUGUUGGAAUGGCUUUGAAGUUGCAUGGAAAUUCUACACGACCUGUUUCUUGGUGUUCACGCCUAGGAUUCGCUACAAAACAACCAAGUUCGGGUGCUGGCUUGUAUCCAGUUCCUCUAUGUACUCUCAGUUCAGAUGGAGGUAUCUGUAGCUCAAUUCGAGUAGUAAUCCAACGUCGAUAUUCCCUACAAUAUAUGGAGACAUUAGAGGUCCCGGAACAAAAUGCAGAUACAUCAACUCUUUUGACACGUACAAAUUCUGGUCCAGAUGAACUGUCUUCAAAGUUUCGUUUAAAUCGCCGUCGAAUUUUUCGCAGUGAACGGGCUGAGGAGGCGGAAGUUAGACUAUAUGAAGCGCGCAGACUCAAAGUUAUUGAUGGAGCCUUGGAUAAACUUGUAGUUAAUAAUCCAAGCAAACGUCGAAUUCAACCUACACAUGAACAAUUAAUAGCUUUGGGUAAUGAUGGUGAAGCAUUGUUACAAGCAAUUCUAAAUGCUCCAGAUUCUAUGGAAGCUGAAUCUAAUUUAACUCAAGUACAACGUGAUGCUAUACAACAUUAUAAAGAGUCUAUCAUUCAUGAUGCAAUUAUUGAAAAUGUCCCACCUAGACAGAUUACUCCUCUUUUGCGUUUAAGAGUUUCAGGAAUUCAUCCUAGAGAUAUUGCUAGUGGUUAUAGCGCUUUGAUUACUUUGUGGAGUCCAACGGAUGAAAUGUUAUCAGUUUUGAAAGAAGGAGAGAUUGUUGAAUUUUAUCGUUUGCAAGUGUCGGCUACACGUGCAAACGAUCCAUUUGUAUCUCCAUCAACUGUUCCAGGAUUUAUCAAACCUAUAGGCGUUAAUAUACCUUCUGGUUUUGUAAUAAGCCUUUCUGGUGGUCGUACAACACGCAUUUUAUCAUUAGGUCAUAUUUCCAACUUGAAAGGAAUUGUUUCUAUUGAUAAUAUUUCUCGUGUAUAUCAUCCAAGAGUAAAAUUAAGUGUUUCUGAAGCCUAUCAAACGAUUAUUCAGGCGGACAAAUCUACGAGUUCAUUUAACAAAGGAAAUCAUGAAGUUGAUUUACGUUGUUUGAUUAUAGCAAUUUAUCAUACUCCAGUGCAUUCGAAUCCAUCUUACAAAAGCUAUCCAUCUGAUGUUAAACAACAGAUGAACCAUCCAAGAACAAUCGAUACUCCUUUCAAAUAUCCUUCUUCUGAUGUCGAUUGCGUUUAUGCAGUGGAUGCGAAUUGUAAAUCAGAAACAUGUUUAUCUGUGAUCAAAUUUUGGGAUGGUUUACAGGCUCUUCAUUUAAUGGACAUAGUUCAAAUUGGUCGUGUUUUAUGUUUCACCGACUUGCAGUUACGUCAUUGUCAAACAAUUACUGCAACGUCUAAAUUAAAUAAUCAGCCUUCGCGUAAAAUUCCCCUUCUUACUUUACAUUAUACAUCUGCUAGCAAUGUUACAGUUGAAAAACCAAUCGGUCGACGUUCCAGUCGUACUGCAUCAACUGAGUCAGAUCCUACUGUUGUAUCCUGUUUACAACAAGUUUUAAAGGACUUUCUGUUUUCAAAAUCAGGAUGUGAAAUAGAUUUACAAAUAUCUAAUUCUCCUUUGAAUCAUAGCAAAUCCUUAACUUCUGCAUCGAAUACAUCACACUCUACUGGUGUUGGUUUGUCAUCAUUAUUACGUGGUUCUAUUGGUCGUGCACAAUCAACUCCUGUUCACAAUACAAUAGAAACUCCAAAAGUUUCCACUUCACUCGAAAAUUCUUCCUCUAUUUUGAAUAUAACUUGUCCAUCACCAACUGAAUCAAUGCUUAAACAAGGUCUUCCACUUAAAGAACAAAAUUUUACUCCAAUUAAACGAUAUCUAUCAACAACUACUACUGACUGUCAACAAUCUUUAAACAAUAAUACACCAAAAACUGCUACUGUACGUUACACCGAAAGCCAAUUUUGCUUCGUUACAUUUCAUUUUUUAUAUCUAUGGUAAUUAAUGAUUCUAAACCUACAGUUCAACUUAUAUUUUGUGAAUUUUAGUCUAAUAAUAUCUAAAAUAAAGCCUUUAAAAGGUUUGAUAAACAAAAUAUGCAACUGAAUUUAAUUUGUUCUUAUAUUCGAACCCUUCCUAAUCGAAGUGCUUCGCGUACAGGUCUUUCACGAAGAACCCGUUCUCGUUCUAGUAUCCCUGGACUAAAAACUUCGUCUACAUCUGUAUCAGAUAAAUCUGUUUCUCACGAAAUAAAACAAUCCGAGAUCGUUGAGAUUACAAAGUCACCAACUUCUGAUAUUAUUCACCCGCUACUUAUUCCUGAAGAACCGUGUUUUACUCCUGAGCCUAAAGCUAAACGUCCUCGCGGUUCCCAACGUAGUAAUAAAUGUGAUAAUUCAUUAGAACUUUCUAAUAAUAAAGAUAUUUCAGAAUGUAUUCAAUCACCUAAGGAUAUUUUGAAUAGUUCAGUGGGUGAAAAAGAAAAUAUAUCGUUGUCCGAUCCAUUUAGAAUAAAAACUCCUCCUUACAAUUCAGAAAUGUCAUCUAAUUCACAGCUUACAAAUGAUUCAUUUGAUAACUCUGACAUGAGUAUUGCAGAUCUCGUGAAAACACGUCAACGUCGUCAGUCACGUUCAUCUCAACCUAUUACCGCCACAUCACCAACGCAACAUUCCACACCAAUCAUAUCUAAGAACCGAUUAUCAUUGAAAAGAAUUUCGAAAUAAUGCAUUUUUGCUAUUUCAUUUUUAUCAUUUAUUAUUGUUGUUUCUCCAUUUCUCCUGGCAUUUACUCAAUUAUUCAGUGUUUCAAUAGAAAUGUCACCAGUUUCCCCUUUAUUAUUGUUAUUAUUUGCCUUUGAGUUUAAUUUCCGUAGUUAUUUCACUUUUUACAUUAAACAGAAGUGGAGAUAUUGCAAAUUGUAAUUUAAAAAGUCAGUUAUUUUCUGAUAGUUAUUUUUUUUUAAAUUUUAGUUUACUCUUGGACUGUUAAGUUGAAACAGUAAAAAGAUGAUAUAGUAGCUUAUUC